AUGGACCAGUAUCCCCUGGGUGGCCUAUCUACAGGCCCAGGCAAGAGUGCCUUCGUCGUGACGAUCAUCUCCAUGGUACUGGUCACCAUCUGCGUUGGCCUUCGUGUCUGGCUGAGCAUCAUCAAUCCGCGACCCUUUGGUUUCAUGGGCUACUUCUACUAUGCUGGUUAUAUCGUUGCUAUGGCCUAUUCAGCCCAAUUUCUUUGGGGGAUCUGCCCAAAUGCCAUUGGCAUGCACAUCAUGACGGCUAUGACCUUGUAUCCCGAUCGGGUGGUCAAUGCUUUGAAGAUUGUCCUCGCCAGCGAAUUCAUCUGGGCCAUCGCCACCACCCUAGUCAAAUUCUCCAUCCUCAGUCUGUAUCUGGAGAUUUUCCGCGGCAAGCUUUUCCGGGCCUCCUGCUACACAAUCGGAGCGCUCAGUCUGGCACUGGCAGCAGCCAUGUUCCUGAUCGCCGGCCUUCUCUGCCAACCGAUCGAGAAGAACUGGGACCCGCUGAUGACGACGGGCCACUGCGGCGACAGCGUCAAAAUGGACGUCGCCACAGCCACCAUCAACAUGAUUUUGGACCUUUUUAUCGUGAUCCUGCCUCUCCCGUCGCUCUGGAAACUGCAAAUGAGCUGGACCCGCAAGGCCAUGCUGAGUGGGAUUUUUAGUUUGGGUCUUGUUAUCUGCGCCAUGAACCUAACCCGCAUCGUCUUCGCUGUCACCCUCGACAUGACGGACGCGACCCAUGCCAUCGCACGCAUCGGCCUCUUCUCCAUCCUCGAAGUCAACGUAGGUAUGAUCUGCGCCUCACUACCAACCCUCGGCCCGCUCAUCUUCGGCGACCAUCGCGGUGGAUCCUCUGGCGGACGGAAAGGCACUCCGGACCCUCGCUCGUCCGCCGCCAUCAUGAACACCUUUGUGCGGCGCCGCGCAGCAGGCCUGGGCCGGAGUGAUGGCGGCAGCGGUCGGUUCAGUGAGAUUGCCACGCUGAAUGAUAAGACUGUUUUCGAUGAGGAAGCUCUCCCGUUACAUCAGGUUGAGAAGAGUGGUAAGGUGUGCGAGAUGGAGGAUCAUCAUGAUGCUAUGAUGGCUCCGUCGCCUUCGCCGGAUCAGACCCUGCCAAGGAGACCGGAGACAGCGCGGUUGUCGUGUCCGGACGGGCAGGGGAAGGAUAUUAAUAUUCGGACGGAUAUUUAUGUUCGAUGA